AUGAGUGAGAAAAAGAACAAAACCAAAGAAAUUAGCAUGGGUAUUCUUUAAGAGGAAGAUUUUUAUUCUCUAAAUACUUAAAAGACUGGAUCAUUAUUCUUAAAUUUGAAUAGUUAGGAUACCACAGAUGUAGAAGAAAAGAACAAUUACCAUACUAUAAUUAACUAUUCAAACAUAAAUGAAAAAAAUUAUUUUAAUAAUGUUGUUGAAGAGUAUACCUUUGAAAGAAACAAUAAUAUUGAAUAUCAAAAAGUUAUAUAAAAAGAAAUUAAAAUAGAUUACAAAGAAAAAGAUGAAGAAAAGUAUGGUUAUAUUGGGAAAAAGUAAAAUGAGUAGAAAUUUGAUUGGAAAUAGUAUAAGAAGCUACUAGACUAUAUUUUGAGAGAAAAAUGGCUAGUUUUUAUUAUUUAUGCACCCUUUUUAAUUUCAACAGCAAGUUAAGCUUUAAUUCCUUAUAUGAUCGGUAAAUUACUCAAAGAAGUUACUAAAUCAGGCUCUGACUCAAAUGUCAAAUCUACAAGCCUUAUACUUUUAGGUUUGAUUUUUAUUACUUGCUUCUUUGGUUUCUUUAGGGCUUUAUAUACUAACCUUUUAGGAAGUAAAGUUUAUAUGUAUUUGAAAAGAGAUAUCUUCAAUAAAUUUAUUGGUUAUGAUAUUGCUUUCUUUGAAAAAAAUAAAACUGGUGGUUUAAUUAGCCGUUUAAGCAGAGAUGUUCAAACUGUGAAAGCUUUAGUCAGCCUUAAUUCUAACAUGCUACUGCGUAAUUUUUUGCUUUGCAUAGGUAAUAUAAUUAUGCUUUUUGUAUUAAGUUGGAAAGUAACUCUAUCUAUUAUUCCCUUAAUCCCAAGUUACUAUUUUAUUACAUAGUAUUAUUCUUUUAAGAGCAAGUAAAUUGAAAAGAAAAUCAGUGAUAUAAAUGCCAUAUCAAGUGAGCUUGCUGAAGAAGUCUUUACUGGAAUUAUGACUGUGAAAUCAUUCGGUUAAGAGGAAUAUGAAAAAAAACGUUUUGAAAAACUGUUAGAAGAUGAAUAUGCUGAAAAUAAAUCACAAGGAAUGCUUAGUGCUAUAUUUUUUACUGUUAGCAAUUAUUUCUUAUCAAAUAUUGGUAUUUUGAUUGUUUUAUGGUAUGGAGGUUAUGUUGUAGUUAAUCAUUAAGAUGAUCUUUCAUCUGGUGAUUUAGCUUCAUUUAUCUUAUAUACAACUUCACUUGCUAGUAACUCAUCUUCUAUAUCCUAUGGACUAGGAGCAAUUAUAUCUGCAACAGGGGCACUAGAACGUAUUUUUGAAUUAAUGUAAUAUGAUUCUAGUAUUAAAAAUGAUUCUGGCUAAGAAGUAGUCGCUAUUAAGGGAUCAGUCUAAUUUGAAAAUAUUUCAUUUAACUAUCCUUCAAAUCAAGUAUAAGUAUUAAAUGGUAUUAAUCUAUCAAUUACUCCAGGUGAAUGUGUGGCUUUUGUUGGUACUUCUGGAAGUGGUAAGAGUACAAUAAUAAAGUUAAUUGAAAGAUUUUAUGAUACUUCCAUAGGAUAAGUUUUAAUUGAUGAUCUCAAUGUAAAAGAUAUCAAAAUUUCAAGUUUAAGAAAACAUAUUGGUCUAGUUAGCUAAGAACCUAUGCUCUUUAGUGGGUCAAUAAUUGAUAAUAUUGUAUAUGGAGUUGAAAAAUAUACUAUUGAAGAAGUUGAUAGAGCUUGUGCUAUGGCUGGAGUUGAUGAAUUCCUAAAAGAUAGAACUUUAUUCCCAAAAGGCUAUGAUACAUUUGUUGGAGAAAAAGGUACAAAACUGUCUGGAGGUUAAAAGCAGAGAGUAGCUAUAGCAAGAGCAUUAAUAAAACACCCUUAGAUUUUAAUUUUUGACGAAGCUACAAGUGCUUUAGAUGCAGAAAGUGAAUAUCUAGUACAACAAUCAAUAGAUUCACUUAUAUAAAACAGGACUAUGACUAUCAUAGUUAUUGCACAUAGAUUAUCAACAAUUAAAAACUGCUCGAAAAUAAUAAUGAUGCAACAAGGAAAAAUAGUAGAGUCAGGAACUCACGCUUAACUUAUUCUUAACAAUGGCCUCUACAAAGCUUUGGUUGAGAGAUAGCUUUCUCAUAAAAUUUGA